GACCAUGAAAAUGUGAACUGUUUGGAAAUAAAUGUUGAGCAGUCACCACCUUACAGCAUUCAAUAUAACAUACUUGUUGCUAUGUAUUUUUAGGACACAUCCACUACAGCUCACAGGUUCACAUCUGCAUCGAUUACAUCACCGGGAUUUGUCAGCAAGGAAAUAAGUGUGACACUCACCACUGUCCACUCCCCUAUCACUGGCAGUAUCGCCUGUCCCUGGAGGGGUGGAAAAGUUUUAGUGAUGAAGACAAUCGCAAGAUCGAAGAGUUGUACUGUGACCCAAAGAACGACAUCAUAACAUCAACAGAGAUAGACUUGACAGUCAAGUCUUACAGAGAAACAAAUACAUCGUCACGUAGAACAGAUGCGGUGAAAGUGGACUUUGAGAGUAUGACGAUGCAGAAGAGCUAUCAUAGAGCUGAUUUAAGACGACUGUCCACACAGUCUUACAUAAAAGAACAGGACAACUGUCUGGCCACACAGUGGCUGUGGUACAGGAAAGAGGAGAGCGGCGACUGGGUCAAGUAUGGAGAUGAGAAUGGGUCCGGUACCAAGCAAGGAGACCUCGAAUCUGCUUUCCUCCGCCGAGAAGGAAACUACACUUUCAAGCGAAACGGUCAGGAAUUUCGUUUGCAAUUCUAUAUGAACCCGAUGUGUGAAAAAUCGUUCAAGCCAUACUCGAAGAAAAUCGUCCGACGCCGGCCCGACUUCAGAUCCCCAGAAGAUAUAAGAAAGCUGACAAGAGGCAAUGUUGAGAAAACCUCCUGGUUUAGUUUCAGAAAUUUAUUUAAGAGGCGUUAGAUAGUUCAUGAAAGAAGCGCCUUCCACUACAGGAAUCACUUCUGCAACCGAUUUAC